CUGUAGCAUGUAGAAUGUUGUGAAAGCCUUUAAAACCUAUGCUUCCAUGACUAUCUCUAAAAAACUAUUGGCUCUCUUUUCUAAUUCUGGCUUCUUGACUUACAACAGCUGUGGGAGGAUGGCAUAUUUUCUUUUUAGCAUGGCUUACUUUAUCAAGAAAUAGAAUUAUAUUCUAAUAUUAACUGAUUAAACCAAGAAAUUUGACUGAUACAAAUUAAAGUAAAUAAGAGCAAAACUUUCUAGAGAAUCUAUAUGUGGACCUAUGCUUACAAAUUUUUGAUUUAGGGAUAUAUUGUAUAUUGCUAAAUUGAUUCCAAGGUCAUGCCAACAUAUUGAAAACUCAUUUGCUUUUACCUGCUUUCAGAAAUUUUAGGCAAACACAGAGGAAAAGUCACCAAUGUCUUUUGAAAGAGAGGCAAAAAAUGAGCAUCAUAACCCAGUGGAAAGCAUUUAUAAGAAGAUCAAGAUUAUACAGAAGAGGGACCAGUCUUCACAUCCUACAGUUCAGGUGGUCAGAUUUCAUUCUAGGAAUUUUGAUAGUACAUGCACUAAUACAGCAGAAAUAGUUGAAGAAAUACUGAUUAAGAAGACUAUUGGAUGCUCAUAUCAACCAGAAGUUCAUUUCUCAAGUCUCGAUAAAGUUGACGUUUCUUAUGUCCAGCCUUUGUCUUCUAACACUCAAUGCAUUACCUCUCAUCUCCACUCUCCUGGAAAGGCAACACAUUCUUUCCCUCUCCAAAGUCCUGAACAAGUCUUCAAGUCAAGAAUCCUGAAACUGAAUCCAAAUCCUUUCAAGUAUCUGGUGAGAAAGAAGGAGCUAAUCUCUAACAAAGAAUAUAAAGACUUUCCUCGUGGAGAUAAUCUUAUUUCAACCUCUGAUUCUCAUUCCAUUUCCAAUCAAAGCCCUGAUCUUUCUUUGGUGAUGAGGAGAUUAUCACUGAAUGAAGGAGGCAAAGUAGCGGUUCCUAAAAUAAUGGAUUAUUUGAGGCUUAUAACUAACUGGGACUCUGAAGACAAUGACCUUGAAGAGUUGGAGUCUUACUAUGCCAUAAUGAAAGAAUGGAUAGCAGAUUUUCAGAUGACCUCAAAUAUGGUGAAUACCACAGCAGAGAGCUUUGAGUCUUUUGGUGGAGAUGAGCUUAAAGAUGACUUAGAAACAUCUGGCUUGAUUGCACAUAUGGCCAACCUGCAGUUUAACAAACAAAACUUGCAAGACAAAAAUAACAAAUUUAACCUGGCAUUGGAAGCCGGACUAGAGGAAGCCAACAACCGAUUAGUGAAAGACUAUUCUGAACUGCGCAACCAAAUGAAAAGUGCCCAACAGUCUAUAAAGAGAACAAAUCUGUUAAAAGAAGAACUGGAGGAACUGAAAAUUAACUUGAAUAUCUCAGAAGAACAGAAAACCAACACAGAAACUCAGAAUAAACAAUUAAUGACUGAAAAUCAGGAACUGAUUCUUAAGAUCCAGAAUCUUCAAGAGGAGAAUAAAAGGAAUGUCAUGGAUAUAGAUAGAAUGGAAAGGAAGAUAGAAGAAUUGACUAAAACUGAGACUGAACACCAAAUGAAACUGCAAAUAUUUGAGAACAUUUUGCUUAAUAAAGAUGCAAGUCUGCAUAAGAUUGGUUUUUUAAAAAAUUGUUAUGAUGAAAAAUUUAUUCAUAGAAGAACUCAAGUCAAUCCUUGCAGCACUGUCCUAGAGAAUUUACAAGGGGAGAAAAAUCAGCUGGUGCAUGAUUUGGAGCAAUCACAACAGGAGCUUAUGCUGGGUUGGGACGGACAUUGGUUUCAGGCCAGCGCAUCAGAAUGGCUACACAGAUCAAUCAGUUCAUCAUCUCCAGAUGAUAUAAUGGACAGAGAAAAGAUGGUGUUACUGAGAGAACCAGAGCAUAUGGCAAUGGAAUUUACUACUACCCUUCAAAAACUGGGUGAAGAAGUCUCAGAAGUUGAAACCCUUAUUGCUGCUUCUCUUCGGUGGCUAACUGACCCAGAAAGAAAUGGGAAGGAAAGAUGGGAGGACGAGCUUACAGAUCUGAAACAUGACCUAGAAAGAAAGCUAAAUCUCUGCAUUCUAAAACUGAGCCUCCUGGGAAAUUACAAAGAAUUUCUUGAUAAAGAGUUCAUUGAAGUGGUAGGGAAUCUGAAAAGAUCCAAGCACGAAAGCCACAGUGUCAAGAAAGAACUACAUUUCAGAAAGAAACAGUUAGAAGCAAUUAAAAGGUCACAAGAAAAUGCAGUAAACGAGGGAGAAACACUUAGGAAGCAGCUGCAAGAAGUUAUCGAAAGACUGGAGAAUGCUGAGCAGCAGUCGUUUUCAGCCGGCUGCUUUGUUCACAUUCAGUGCACAUUCCCAUUGCACAUCCAGGCUAAGGAUCCAGAAGAGGCCCUCCAAGCCGCUAGGGGAAGAGCUGAGUCUUUGCAAAGCAAGUUGGAGGAAGCCGGCUCUGACAGGCAAGACUUCCAAGCAUUAAAUAGAAGACUAUUCUGUCACAAGAAAUUCAGUGUUCAUGAAACUGGAAUAUAUGAGACGCCUUUGAACUUGGAAUUUACAAGCUGGUACACACCUCUGCUAGAUGCCUUACAUAUAGAGAGUUUAAUAAAGACAUCAAGACUGAACAAGGAGAAUCUCUCAUGUAUAUCGAACGGGGGCCUUUUUUCAUGUGAAAGAUCAGACUAUGGAGAAGUGAAAGAUGAACCUGCUUUGGACGUAACUCUCAAAGGAAACAAGUGCUCAGUAGCUUCAGUUGGUGUUCAAACAAUUGUACAUCUUCCUGUUUCCACCACAAUGGAUGAUCUAUGUGUGAAGGAGAACCUUGAUCACCAAUUACCACCUGAGGGUCCACUACAAGCCAGUGAGUAUUCCACAUCAGCCCCUGGACACACUUCUUCCAUGAACAGUAACUCCAGUGACUCAAGCUCUGGAUUUUUGACUAUGGCCUCUGAUAAUGUUGAUCCCAAAUCACAUUAUGAAAAAGUCAAAACAACACAGCCAGCUCCAAUAAUGGUAGAGUCUGAAGGUAAAAGUUUAAUUAAUGAAAAUACUCCAUGUCACAGCUCUGUGGAUGAAAAGAAAACCACAUUAAACUUGGAAACCAAAGAACUUGAAGCAAUUAAAGACUGUAAAGAAGAACACACUGUAGGAGGAGAAACUGCUGCUUCUACUAGGCCAGUAACUGGAAUUAAAUCAGUCAACUUUAAACAAAAUGACCACAUUUCUACAAAUGAAAAAGAGGUAGAGGCUGAAUUUCUGAGAUUAUCUUUGGGAUUUAAGUGUGACUGGUUUACCUUGGAGAAAAGAGUCAAACUUGAAGAGCGGUCUCGGAAUCUGGCUGAAGAGAAUCUAAAGAAGGAGAUCAAUAACUGUUUGAAGUUAUUAAAGUCUUUAAUACCUCUCUGUGAAGAUGAUAACCAAGCCCAGGAAACCAUUAAGAAGCUGGAGAAGAAUUUAAAGUUUCUUAACCAGUGUACAACAAGAGUUGCUAGCAAGGCAGAGAUGCUGGGAGCCAUUAAUCAGGAAAGCCGAGUCAGUAAGGCAGUGGAAGUGAUGAUUCAGCAUGUUGAAAACUUGAAACGAAUGUAUGCCAAAGAACACGCUGAAUUAGAAGAGCUGAAACAAGCCCUCCUUCAGAAUGAAAGGCCGUUUAGCACCCUUGAAGAUGAAGAUGACAUCCCAACUAAAAACCGUUCACCAUCUCUAAAUUCUAAGCCAUUAUCUUUUCGAAAACCCAGCAUUGCAACCUUGCCCAGGAAUAUUGGAAAUACAGGAUUGAUGUCAGGAAUGGAAAAAAAUGACCGCCUCUGUAGAAGACCUAGUUGGCGUAUUUUGGGACCAAAACAAAGUGAACGCCGUCCAUCACUUCAACGCUUUAUUAGUACAUAUUCCUGGGCUGAUGAUGAGGGAGACAAAUGUGAUUUAAAAGAUAAAGAAGAAUCAGAACCACCUACUGAGGAAGUUUUAGAGAAAACAAGAAAACUAAGUCUUCCUGAAAAGAGUAAAAAUCAGUCCAGAUGGGAUGUUUCUUCACUUUGUGACAUAGGAGCAACCUGGGCAUCUGAUCUCAAGACCUCCUUUCGAAAGAUAAAUAUAACUCUCUGGAUUUCGUUUGUGGUUAUUGUACUAUUUGCAGCUUUUAUGAGUUUUCUCACAGGCCGAUUUUUCCAAAGAACUGUAGAUGCUGCUCCUGUAGAAAAUGGGGGCUCCUGGACUUCCCUCCAACAAGUUUUAUGGCCUUAUACCAAACUCCAACACAAGGGGCCCCCACCAGUAUGAUGGCAACAUGUUUAAUAACAGCAAUCACAUAUUGAUUUUUAAAGCUUCAGUAUCUGAACUUGUAAAUCAAUGGCUUUACUCUGGAAAGUUUGUUUUAUAAUUUUAACAUGAAAAGUGAAAUGUAGAAAAUCACCACCUUUUAGAAAUGCUUCUGUCAUUCUUACAUCCCUGAUAAUUUUAUAAAGCUAAGCGAAUGAAUAUUGUACUCUUCUCAAAGUACUAGAAAAUCUGUGAAUUUUAAAGUGAACCUUAUCAAAAAGUUUGUACGGUUUUAUCCGUUAUGGAAUGUUGAAGAAAUAAAGAAUCAUUAUAGUUUUAA